AUGCAUGGAGGCUUCAACGACAAUGACUCUACCUAUGGUGGUUCGUUGAUUGGAUGCGACUCGGACACUUUGGCAAGCUACAUCACGGAUUACCGCUACGAGAACGGGAGGAGGUAUCACGCAUACAGAGGUGGAGAAUACUGGGGACCCAACGACGAAUAUUCCAACGAUCUGCAAGAUCUGGCGCAUCACAUGUAUCUCAUGACCCUGGAAGGAAAGCUCCACCUCGCGCCUCUAGACAACCCACACAAUAUCCUCGACAUCGGAACCGGGACUGGAAUCUGGGCAAUCGAAAUGGCCGACGCCUACCCCUCAGCCCACGUAAUCGGCACCGACCUCUCCCCCAUCCAACCCCUCUUCGUACCGCCAAACUGCGCCUUCGAAAUCGAAGACCUGAACCUCGACUGGACAUACUCCAAGAGCCAAUUCGACUUCAUUCACAUCCGGGAACUGUUCGGGUCUGUGGCCGACUGGGACGAGUUCUUCUCCUCAGCAUUCGAACACACGAAACCCGGGGGAUAUGUGGAAGUGAUUGAGCAUAGUGUGUUUCCCGUGAGUGAUGAUGGGACGGUGAAUGAGGAGAGCUUCUUUACCCUGUGGGGGAAGACGGUUGUGGAGAUGGGGCGGAGGUUCGGGAAGAGCUUCACGAUUUGGGAGGAGAGUAGGGAGAGGUUAGAGAGAGCCGGUUUUGUCGAUAUCGUGGAGAAGAAAUAUAAAUGGCCGGUGAACGGCUGGCCGAGUCCAGAAUAUCGAACCCAUGGCGAUGACGGGGAGAAAUCUUGGCAGAGAUUAAGGGAAAUCGGAGUCUGGAAUCAGUUACGAUUAUACGAUGGCGUGGAGGGCUUUAUGCUGAGAUUGUUGACAGUCGCGGGCGGUUGGACAUACGACAACGCACAAGCCUUCCUAGCACGCAUGCGCGAAGAAAUCAAAGACCUGAAGAUCCACGCCUACCUCAACGUCACAGUCGUCUACGGUCGGAAACCCGGCGGUAAAGCGAGAGCUGGGGAUCAGCUGCCGCAUCCGGCGACGCGUAGUGGGUAUGUCAGUCCUGAAGGGGGGUGGAGGAGUACGAUCCCGGAAGAUUAUCAGGGGCUGCCUUGA